AUGAUCUUUAAGUACACCAGAAGACCGGGGCUCCGGCGGAGAGUCGAAGGUAGGUUUAUUUGAUUUGGGGGAUGGUAAAGGAGACGGGAGUACUGUAUUUAAUAAAAAAUGUGAUUAGGGUUUCAAUCUAAAAAUUAUGAAGCUUUGGGUUCCUAAAAACCAUGAAAUUUGUUAGCCCGAGUUUUGCAGAACUCAGCGAUUUUUUUAAAGCUGAAAUUAAUAAAAUAAGAGAAUUAUUAUCGGUAAAGCUUCUAUAAUAUUAAAAAUGCGAACUUUUCUGGACUACCAACGCUUACAAGUUUCCGGAAGUAGUUUGUCAAAUUCACAAAUCACUCGACCACUGGCUUCGGGGCCUUGCACAAAACAAUUAAUUAACUUCCUGAUCCGGCCCUAAACAACAAUAAAAACUAGCUGAGAAGAGAGCAGGUCUCCCCGGUUUGUGAUUUUAAUUGGUCUCAGGCUGUUUCCCCAACGUUUGGGGCGUUUUUAAGUUUUAGGGAUACUAGAUUUUCAGUGUCCAAAUAAAUCCACUUUUUCUAUUUUCCUCAAAUUGCACAAACACUAAUCAAUCCAUUAUGCUCUAAGGGCCAAAGACAAAUUGCCAUAAUUAAAAACUGCCAAUAAAAAAAAAAGUAAUUUUUUGAUACCUCCAGGGUUCUUUUAUCACCUCGAACAACCUGUCAUCCUCAUUUCUCUCCUCUUUCCAACUCAAUUAUUAGCUUGUGUUUUGAACACCUACCGUAAUUAUGUUGUUAUUUCGCCCCAUUCCAGCGGUCGAAAUGUUUUGGAAUCUAAUCACAGAGAAGUACCAUCGUUACCACGCCUCUCAUAUUGUGAUGGUACUGGUUAUCAUCCUCUACAGUCUGUUCGGAGCUGUUGUUUUUUGUGCUCUUGAAGAUGGGAAUGAGAAGGCGCAUAUCACACAAAGGCAUAAAACAGAAGUGGUAAAAAAGGAUAUUGCGAGGAAUACGUUGAUUGGGGAAAUGCAGGUAGGCCGUCAACAUAUUCCUUAUGAAAGUUCUACAGAUGUUAUUAAUUUGAAGUGAGCUGAAGUUUUUUUUGGCCAUACCUCUGCCAAUUUUAUACAUACGUGGAAAAGGCCUUUUUUAAGUUCCCAACUUCUUAUUGAAAAAAUUCAAAAAAUGCCGUCUUUUCUCCAACUUUCCUAAUGUUUUCGGUUGUUACCGCAGACCUGCAAAGCAAGUUAACUACUCCCAUGCGAAUUCAUAAAAAUCAUUUGCCCUCAUUUCUGACAAUUUAUUUUCAGUACAUCUUUUUCCGGCAUGUGAAUGUGACUGCUUUGCACCAAAAGACGUUUCAAGACGUCCUCGACCGGUAUGACGUCCAAAUGAACUUCAAAUUGGAGGCUGAUAAGAAGGAUCGUAUCGAUAUGAUCUACGAAAAGUCAAGAUGGGAUAUCUGGGGAGGACUUUACUAUGCGAUUACCUUGUAUACUACGAUUGGUAAGUCUGGACUUGGUCAUAAAGAAAACAGACCUCUAAAUGUAUGGCCUGUAAGUCAUCGAUCUUAUAUUUGCAUUUUACAAUGCUUUCCAAAAAUUGUUCAUCGGGUCUUCAGAAAGGCCCUGAACUUGACUUAUAGAACAAAAAUUUGGUUAAGGAGCUAUUGGAGAUCCUAAAAGAAGAAAUAUGUUGGGUUAUUUUCUUGGUCAGAGAGGUAGAGAACUGUAGUGUCUCGCAUUUUGCGCACUUUUUAUUAUUAUUUAAUAUUAUAUAACAUCAAACUGUAUGAAUGACGUCAUAAAAAAUGUAAUAUUUAUGUUCCAGGCUAUGGUGACAUCGCCGCCCGCACCUUCUACGGUCGGCUGUUCACUAUUUUCUACGCGAUUGGCGGUAUUCCCCUAGUCAUCACUGUGCUCAACGUUUGGGGCGGUGGACUUUUCGAAUUAAUGCAAAGUGUUUGGAACAAUUACAUAAUGAGAUGCGUGAGGAUGUUCAAAACCACCAAAAAAAGAAAACCUGCCCUCGAGGAUUACGACGAAUUCGAUGGGGAGUUUGGAAGUGAUGUGGGCACAGAAUUGAUCGAUAAGAAAGAUCCGUUCGAACUCCAGAAGCCUCAGCUACCGCUUCAAUUGGCGUUCUUCGUGUUCGCUUUAUGGAUGGGACUCUGUUCUCUGGUUUUCAUGUUCAUCCAGAAGUGGGAUUUCUUUACUGCCCUGUAUUACUGCGCCAUUUCUCUGACUACUAUCGGUAAGAAGAUCGGAUUUGGAUGAAAGUUAACACAAAUUUCGAUGACAUAUGUGUAAUUUUAAACCCAAAAUCUAUCCAAAAUUUUGUGAUUUUUGGAUUCUAGAAAUCGUAUUAGCAGAAUGUCGAAUAUACUGGUUGACAAAAUUUUCUUUCCACCUCGUUUCUCGGGAACCGCUUCGCCUAGAAUCUCCAAAUUCGGCAUAGAAACAUCCUAGGACAGUCUAACACCAUGCCCAAAAAAUCAUAUCAUUUGAUGCACUUUACAUGCCCUUUUUCCAAAAAAGGCAAAAAUCCGGAUGACAAAAUUUUCUUUUCACUUUGGAAAAAACGUUUGUAACUCAUAAGGCAGAGGGUUUUAAGGCAUGAUUGUGGUAUCGUUGUGUUCGCGAAGAAGUCCUCUCUCGAUUGGUGUCACAACUUACGGGGGUUUUCGUUUCUUCGCCCUUGGGCGUCGGCUCAUCGUUGCCUUGUCCAUUUUCAGCCAAAUUCGUGGCCAGAGGAGCUCGCAUAAGGCAUAAGGAGAUGAAAAUGCCUUUAAAAAAUCUCGCAUUCAUGUUUGCAACAUUGUUUCCUCCGGCAGUAGAAUUUGAUUAAAUUUAAGUGCGUUGCAGGGGAAAACGCGCGCUUCCAGGGUUCUCGUUACCAGAAAAUUACGCUAUUAUGGGAACACUGCAGAUAAUUCAAGUAACUUUUCCUGCUUAUAUAUUUUCUAUGAUACUACAGAGUUAAAAAAUAGUGACGAUUUUAAUCACUGAUGUCGUGCUUAGAUGUGAGCAGAAGAAAGGUUCCAAAUGCCCCAUGUACAAAAUUUGCGACUCUAAGCUUCCUACGAAAGCUAUUCGUCGUGGAAAAAAUGUUGAAGGCCUGUCAAGGUCAAUGUAUUAAAGUAGUCUGGUAGCCAAAAGUCGCAGUAUACCAAGCUUAAGUAAUGCCAAGGGCUAGUGCAACAACCUGCGUUACUUGAGACGACAUAGACCAGAGAGGGGUAAAAUAAGCUGGUAGAUUUCAACACAUGCUGUCGUAUAAGCCCUAAAGUACGCCGUAUGUAGCGAAAAUGGAUGUAAUUUGGACGUUUCCAUUCUGUACAGAAGUGAUUCGUCGGUUUUGCGGACCCAGGCAGCGCUCAUUUUCCCUUGCAACACACUUAAAUUAAAUCGAAUUCUACUGCCGGAGGAAACAAUGUUGCAAACAUGAAUGCGAGAUUUUUUAAAGGCAUUUUCUUCUCCUUAUGCCUUAUGCGAGCUCCUCUGGCCACGAAUUUGGCUGAAAAUGGACAAGGCAACGAUGAGCCGACGCCCAAGGGCGAAGAAACGAAAACCCCCGUAAGUUGUGACACCAAUCGAGAGAGGACUUCUUCGCGAACACAACGAUACCACAAUCAUGCCUUAAAACCCUCUGGCUUAUGAGUUACAAACGUUUUUUCCAAAGUGGAAAGAAAAUUUUGUCAUCCGGAUUUUUGCCUUUUUUGGAAAAAGGGCAUGUAAAGUGCAUCAAAUGAUAUGAUUUUUUGGGCAUGGUGUUAGACUGUCCUAGGAUGUUUCUAUGCCGAAUUUGGAGGUUCUAGGCCCAGCGGUUCCCGAGAUACGAGGCGGAAAGAAAAUUUUUUCAACCAAUAUAAAAGUACCUAUUUCCACAAAAAAAUUGUCGCUUUCCGAGAAGAGAAGACAAAAUUUUAGCCAAAAAAAAUGAUUUUUUCGCUCUUCUCUUCUCCCUAUUUCCUAUGGUCCUCCGCAGAAACCGUUGAAUACUUCGGUUCAACCUGCAAAUUAUGUGCUAAAACUUUUAUGGAUUUAUUUAUAGCCGCCACUGUAGAUUGUCUUCAAACAAUUUCACCAAAAAUUUUUAGGUCUCGGCGAUGUUACAGUACCCCAUCACAUUGGAGUCAUCAGCGCCAUCCUGAUCAUGUUAGGCCUCUCUGUAGUUAGCAUGAGCAUCAAUAUCAUCCAACUGCAUAUCGAAUAUGUCUUUGCGAAGAUUAUCCGAUCUAUUGAUAGUGAUUUCAAGCGGGCUUUGAUCGGUAAGAGCCAUUUACAUUAUACUUGAUGUCUAAUGUAAUAUAAUUGAUAUUUUUAUGGAAUUUUUCACCAAAAUAGACCCAAAUUUCAGAAGAACGAAGGAAAAUGUCGAUCGCUACCAGUAUGAGUGAUCAGAACAUGGUCCGGAAGAACACAAAUACAGUGUUAUCAAUCCCAGUCCCGACCCUGGAAGAGCAAGAAGAAUUUCGAAGAAAAAGCACAGCCAUUGAUCUUGCUGAAGGUAAAAAUGCCGCUGAUUCCCAAUUUAGAUUCAUUUCAGCUGACGCGAAUGCCAUCCAGAAGUACGCAAGGGAAAUGUCAUUCAUGGAUAAAAUGCUGAUCCAGUUGAUGAGUUCCCAUCAGAAGAAGAUGCUGAACGAAAGAGUCGCCGAGAAGAGUAAAUUAAGGAAUAAAUACACCCAGACUGAUGAGAAGAAAACUUCGACAUCAGCACAAACCGACCACUUGAGGCAGUUGGACGGACUGGGCUUCAUCCGGACCUCCACGAUCUCCACGGAUUCUGAGAGCGAAGAUGAUGACAACGCCCCUGUUACUACAGCCGCUGGGACUUCAAACCCAAUGGUUAAUAUUGGAGGAGUCAGAGCGGGACCAACGGUUCAACGACCGCAAAGGAAACGGGGGCUGAGCAGGAAAAAAUUGUACAUCUACAAUUGCGGGGACUAA